CUACAGUGCUACGACCGCCUUCUAGUACGCGUCACCACGAUUGUGAAAGCAGCAGAUUCUGUGAAUAUCAGUCACUGUGGGUGCCGCGAUUGUGAGUUCCACAGGAGUCCAGACGCCCGCAUACACACAUAGUAGCUCAUGGUCUGGAACGCCAGGGCGGAUAAGUUGAGCCCCAUAGGAGACGACUCAACCACACCAGACGCCGAGGACGUCAUUGUGGGAGCGGCCUCCUGGCUGCUUACGGUAGGCAAGAAGCUAGAAAACGCAAUCCCGGAACCGACUACUAAGACGAGAAAGAUUCACAUUUUCUCAGACUUCGAUGGAACAAUCUUUAUGCAAGAUACAGGUCAUAUCCUCUUCGACGCCCACGGGUGCGGCUCCAUGAAGCGCAAGAUCCUCAACGAACAAAUCGAAACGGGUGAGCGCUCCUUCCGCGAUGUAUCCGAGGAGAUGUGGGGAUCUCUCAGCGUGCCCUUCGACGACGGCUUCGAGGUCAUGGAGAAGUCUCUUGAAAUCGACCCCAAAUUCCAAGAAUUCCACACCUACUGCAUCGAGCACAAAAUCUCCUUUAGCGUCAUCUCGGCGGGGUUGAAACCUGUCUUAAGGAAAGUCCUGGAUACGUUCCUGGGAGAGGAAGAGUCGGCGCAGAUCGACAUCGUGGCUAACGAUGCGACCAUCGCCGACGAUGGUUCGAAUUGGAAGCCCAUCUGGCGCCACGACACGGAGCUCGGCCAUGACAAGGCCCUGUCUAUCACCGAGGCGCGCGAGGCGGCGACUUUGACCUGUGAGGACGGCACCGUGCCCUUGAUCGUCUUCAUCGGCGACGGUGUGUCGGACCUUGCUGCUGCGCGGGAAGCAGAUGUGCUUUUCGCCCGCCGGGGGUUGAGGCUCGAAGAGUACUGCAUCAAAAACAAGAUCGACUUCGUAGCUUUUGACACAUUUGCCGAUAUCCAGAAGAAGAUCGAGGAGAUACGCAACGAGGAUGAGGCGAAGACUCAGGGCAAGGGAAUGCCGGCUCGCUUCAACCCCCGCGCCAAUAUGUGGCGUCGUGUGUCCAGCAAGCAGGCCGUGCCGAGGUUUGCUGUCUUGUCUCCGAGCAAAGAGGAGAAGAUGUUCCUGUGGCCAGAGGUCUUCACUGAACUCAAGACGCCACAGCCACAGGUCGAGCUUACCCAGGUUGCUCCCGCUAUCGCGCCGGUCCAGGCAUGA